ACCCGGUGAACGUAGCUCGAAAUUCUCUAUACAUUCGAUAUUUCUCACUUUGUCGAGUGCAAGAGAGAUGCAAAAAAAAAUAAAAACAUUUUUUUUUCAACACACUUCAUUUCGUAUAUUUUGUUUGAGUUUUCUGUUAUAGAUUUUUUUUUAUUCCAACGUUUCGUUUGGGUGGAGAAAACUCUUUUUACCUGUUAUCUCGAUUGUUUUUAUUUGUUUGACUGCAGUUUGUACACCCGUGAUUGGUAAAAUUGUCAGUAAAAUGCACGAGGAUAAAAUGAAAACAAUGGGAUAGCGGUGGGAGUACUGUUGUUGUUUUUCUUUUUAAUUUUUUGGCGUGGAGUAACUGAAAAUAUCUGCAGGGCAAUUAAAUGGCGAAUAUUAAAGUGGCGGUGAGAGUCAGACCAAUUUCCCAGAGAGAAAUAAACGUUACGGGGUCGGAUGUUGUUAUUCACACGGGUUCACGCGAGAUAUCCCUGACGAAUUUAAAGGUGUCAUCUAGCAAAGCUGGUGACAGUCGUGAACGCACGAGGAGAUAUACCUUCGAUUACUGCUUCGAUUCGUCAGAUCCAGUGGCGGAAAAUUAUGCAAGUCAAGAGAGGAUUUAUUCGACACUCGGUGAAUCAGUGCUUGAGACUAUUUUUAGGGGUUAUAAUUCUUGUCUCGUUGCUUAUGGACAAAGUGCAUCGGGAAAGACGUACACGAUGAUGGGAACCAAGGAUGAUCCGGGGCUGAUACCGAGAAUCUGUAAUGGGAUUUUUGCGCGUGUUGCUGGACGUAAUGAGAUGAGCCAGGAGUCUUUCAGAAUUUCCGUGAGCUAUCUUGAAGUGUAUAACGAGAGAGUGAGGGAUCUCCUCAAGCCGCCGACAAGCUCAAACGGUCUCAGAGUACGCGAGCAUCCUCGAUUGGGUCCUUAUGUACAAGGAUUAACCCAGCAUCAAGUUGAAACCCUGAGUUCGUUGAUGUCUCGUGUGGAGGAGGGUACGAAAGCCCGCAAAACAGCCUCGACCCUGCAGAAUCCCACCAGUAGUAGGAGUCACGCUCUUCUAACACUUACCCUCGAGCCAUUCACCAGUACUGGAAUAGCCAGUGCAUCCAUACAAACGUCGGAAUCGUCGACGUCCAGGAACGUGCGACGACAGGACUUCAGUCACGGUUGCAAGUUACACUUGGUCGAUCUGGCGGGCAGUGAGAAUGCGGCUGCAUGCGCUGGAAUUAAUCGUCUCAAAGAAGGUGCAAACAUAAAUAAGAGCCUAGUUGCACUGGGUAAUGUGAUCUCAGCUCUUGCGGAAAGAGGUAAUAGUGGAAAUAAUCCAGGAAGAAGAUUUAUACCUUACAGAGACUCAGCACUAACGUGGCUCCUGAAAGACUCACUCGGUGGCAAUGCAACCACCAUUAUGCUGGCAACGAUAUCGCCAGCAAGCGGAAGCUUCAACGAGACGUCUCACACACUGCGGUUUGCCCAGAGGGCACAGAGUGUUAUUAACAGGCCAGUGAUAAAUGAAGAUCCAGUUGCUAAGAUAAUACGGGAGCUACGAGCAGAGGUUGCGAGAUUAAAAUCAUUGCUUUUGGAGAAGAACAUCGAGCCACAUACGGAAUUGAAGCAUCCGCCAUGCCCCUGUCAACAUAACCAGGAUCGUCAGGACUUCGAGACCAGAUGCGUAUCAACGUCGACGUCGAAUUCACCAACGCCCGAUUCAGUAUCAUCCAACGUCAGUCUGACGAGGCGACACAGUACGAGCGAUUCCAUCACCCCUAAAUCAGAUACGAAUACUCCACCAAAGUGUUUUGGUUCACUCGAAAUAAUCGAAAAUAUCGAUGAUACUUCGUACAAUUUACCACUGACAAAUUACAAUUGCGCGAGAAUAUCACAAUUGAUUGAAGAGGAAGUCAAUGAACCGGUUUUUGUCGAUAUACCAACGUUGGUGGCUGUACUCAUCAAACCAGACGACAUUGUACAAUCCAAUUCCCAUCAAAUCGAGGAGAUUUCCAGUGACGUUGUACCGGAAGAUUCAAUUGAAAAUGAUUUCGCUGGUUGUGUUUCGCCCAAGGCGAUCAAAAAUUUGGACACCGAGAAGAUUGAAACAGUGAAUCAUAAAAUCGAGACAAACGAAGUUGACUAUGUACCGAGUUUUCACAUUAUCGAUAGCAGUCCAAAGUGUCAGACCAGUCACAAGGCAAAACUACGUAAACAGCAGUCAACUGAUUCUAAUCUCCACGGAAUUACACCAGCGUUAGUGGUUUCCAAGAGAUACGGAUCAACGGAGACACUGGGUAAGAGGUCGCAACCACCUGCGGUAGUUCAAAAGUCCCAAAUACUCUCGACAAGCGUUGAAAAACGUGUGAACUCGGAUAAACCGAAGAAGCUGAACAACAUCAGGGAAAUAGACGACAAAUCGGAUCAAUUGAAACGUGAUUUUUCCACCAAGCACAGACCAACUCUAACUCGAAAAUCCAGCAUUGAUGUUCUGAAAAGACGAACAAGUAAGGACAGCAGUUCCAGCAGUUCCAAGGAGGAAGUUAACACAAAGGAGCGUAGGAGUAGUUUCCUCGAUUCUGAGCAAUCAAAGCCCCAUACGAUAAUCCAACGUACCAGAAGAGCUGACAUAGUUGCUGCUGUUACAGAGAGGCUCUAUUCGAGCAGAAAGACGAGUGAGGACAGCAACACGGCGUCUACACCGGCCUCGGACAUACGUUCCCCCGAGAAUUCGGAGGUGAAAUUGGCUAGUGCAACGAGAAUGCGUCUACAAGAAAUAUCCCGAAAAAUGUUGGCCAAAAGACGACGCAUAUGUGUUGACACGCAAACCGAUUCGGCCUCAACUCUCCGCCUCAAGGACAAAGCCAUCAACGUCAGAGAGCCAAAGGUCCUUCGUAAGGAUGCGUCUGUGCUCACCGAUCGUCAUGAGAAUUACGAUUUACUCGAGCCCAGCGAUAAAGUCGUUCGUCGUGUCAAAGAGACGUCCACAUCAACGGCAGAUGCACCACAUCUACCGCCCAUUUACUUCAAGGACUCAGCUAACAUCACAGACCACUGCAGCAAUCAUUGGGACACAAUGGAGUUGUGCCAGCACGAUUCUGGAAUACUUUAUGAUGAUGCUCAUUUCGAUGGAGCGGUACAGAUGACCGAGAGUUCUAUGAAUACGAAUUUGCCAAUUGAACCGCCAUCCAGUGGGGUACAAACCUCCGAAGAAGACACAAGAACUUGUUGCAAUGGUGCGCGUCAUCCAGCGCACCCUUGCCAAAAGAAUAAUAAACCGUGUUGUCCACCUAAAAUAAUUAUUCCAAGAGGAGGGGACCAUGAAUCCAUUGCCCACGAUCACAAUCACGAUGGACAUGCCCACGAUCAUCCACCUGAUCACAGCGACGAUCACGAGCAUCAUCAUCAUGACGAAAGUGUUCAUGACCACCAGCCACACGAUCACGAGGACGAUCAUCAAACAGGUCAUGCCCAUGGUCAUGACCACCACGAUCAUCACACUCAUCAUCAAGUGAUAAAGCCCUGCUGUCCCCCAGAGGUUCAUUCACCUCACAAGCACAGCCCAGACGACUGUGACAAGAGUGUAAUCUCAAUAAAUCUUCCUGACAUGAUAAACAUCACGAUACAAUCGCCCGUCGUAUUGGAGUCAAAGGUCAAAGUAUUUGACGGUAAGGAUUUGCGUCAAAGUGAUACAAAACGUGACACAGAAACUCAGACAGAUAAAAAAAAUGCACUUGAGAUUGGUACACUUACUGAUGAAAGUGUAAAUCGUCCGAGAACGAGGGACUCGUCAACGACGACGAUAACGAGACCGAGUAGCAGUCAAACUGACGGACGUACAUUUAGGAUAGAAAAUAUAUUUCAUGAUCCACGAGGCAAUGGGUCAACAUCGAUCGACGUACAUCCGGGUAUUUCCUCAAAUUGUUAUCAACCCAACAAUUCCAUUCUCUUCACCAAUUCCAUUGGUACAUCAUUCACUGCUGGAAGCCGAGAUAAUGAAAAAUUUUAUGACUCCGGACAGUUGAGUCCAGUGACCAGACGACGGAAAUCCUUCGCCAACGAGUGGUUCAACAAAGCGAGCUCUACGUGGCCAACAUCGUCAAGAUGGCGGUGUCAAAGUCCCCCGAGUAUUUCACCCCAUAAUUACAACAGUCCGAGUACAUCCAUCGACACUUACCCAUUAUCAUCUAAUUAUUUUUACAAUCAUGAUUCACCUUCUAAUUCGUCAUCAUCGCGGAAGGUAUCGUGGCGAGAGAAUUACAGGAUUAAUAUGUCGAAUACUCCCGGUGAACAAAGGACUGUAACUAAACCAGUGGAGACAAAGGUCACAGAUAAAUUGCCAACGCUGAUGUGCCCCAGCGCAGGCGUCACAAAUGAGGGUCUGAGGUCGUCCUCCUUCAUCGGGAUGAUAGAUCGUAAGGGAGUUUACGAGCAAGAAACUAACUUUUCGGAUGACAGCCUAGACCCUAAGGACGAGAGAGUGAGACGGUUCGCUGGUGAUGUAAAAAGCGAUUUUAUCGUGAAAAAUAAGAUUGAAGAUAGUGUGAAUGAUAAUCCAUGUCCUCCGGAUGUUGUUGCACAUACAAAAAGAGAUUGUUGUGAUUCAUUGUUGUGCCCGGAGGAUACGGUUGAUUUUGAUGAUACGGAUAUUGAAUUGCCGAGAACGAAAGUUAGUGGGUUAUCAGGGGAUCCAUCAGUUCCUGUACAACAAUUUAAAUCAAUGAUUCUGGGUGUACCACUUGUCCCAUUAUUAUUAAAUAAUGAUCACGAUAAUGACGGUAUUUUGCAACGCAAAUCGCGCGACAAGAAACGCGUGUCAUUCGGUGAUACCGACGUCAUCACUGAGCCGAUGACAUCGUCAUUGCGUGAUUAUAAAUUUGCUGGGUCAUUGAGAUCGAUAAUGAAGCUGAAUAAUUCCGAAUCAAUGGAUGAGAAAAUCAGCUGGACAGGGCCAAUUGAAUCAAAUCACUCGACAAGGUUGAAUUUUCGAAGCAGAACUCCUCUGGAUUAUGAUGAGAUAUCGCAAAAAUCUGGUAACAUCAUUGAAGAAUAUUUGGACGAGGCGCUGGUAUUCAUGCGAAAUAUAAAUUCAAUCAACAAGUGCACCAGCGGUGGUGAUGGAACGAAUGAAAAGCCCCUGGUGAGACAUCGGAGGCAGACACUCGAGGCAAGUGCGUGCAGUCCUUACGAAAAAUGCUUGAGGAGUAUGGAGAGACUUGAGCAGUGUCUCAGCAGAGUCAAGUGUCAUGAGGAUGGGCUUCAGGGGGUUCACGAUGGUAGAAGGCGAGGAUCUGCUGAGGCUAAACUCGGUUUAGCUGAAAUCAGUCAGGAUCAUCCCCUCUCGGUUAACUCAGUAGACGAUCUCAGUUUUAAGUACAACAAUAACUACAGAGUUGACAGGUACUUUCACAGGUCUGUUGACGACGCUGAUGAGGACAAUGAGAGUGCUAAUUUUGAUUUUAAAACACUGGACAGAUAUCGGAGGAUCAUUGACACCAGUAGAGUUCGAAAUACACCGAAGAAACGAAGUCGUUCGUUGUCAUCGGCGAGAGUGAGUGAUUGUGAAUUAGACAAUGGUAUUUAUCCAAAGUUGAUGGGUGAGAUUGAUGAGGAUGCGCUCAUUGCGAGAGUCAAGAAAUCCCUACCAUCACCUAGAUGUACAAUAUCCAAGUACGAUUCGUCUGAUGAAAGUUCGAGCUCUGACGAAGCGCUCGCUGCAUUUAUGGAGUCUAUCGAUAAGGUUUCACGAUCGAAAGACAAAUUUAAAUAUCCAGCGAGUCCGCGUGUCAAGUUUCUCCAAUUACUCAGCGAGAGACGGAGAAUUGUUGAGAACAGUCGAAGCACUGGCGCAUCUUAAUUAAUGUUAUUAUCGAUAAGUGAGUGUACGAUUGUUUUAUUUUCUCUCUCUACCUUCUACCCCUAGAAUCAAUUGAAUAUUCAAUAUUGAUAGAGGUCUGGGUACUAGUUUUUAUA